UCCAAAUGCAACUUUAAAACCUAUUUUCAAGUGUUUCAAAGAAAAGCAGUGGAGCAAUAAUUCACUGCUAACACAAAAAGUAAAUCUACUUCCAGACCUUAUUUAUACAUCUCUACAAACUUUACAAUUCCCAGCAAACCACAACUGUACAAUCGAAAAUGAAGUCCGAGCACAAGAUCACUUCCGGAAGGGCAUCGGAACUCAUUCGGGUAGAUAUUGUUGUACAUCGGAACUACAAGGUGGCAGGAAUACUAGUAUAGAAUUGUUCGAUAGCAGGCUAGAGUAGCAUCGGUAUGCAUGGGCAGUUGGAGAUGGUGAGAUGGAUGUCAUCCGAUUCACAUGUGAUACAGUGCUUUCUGAUGUUCACCUCCUGAUGCCAAACAGUCAGCAUUUUGGUGAGGCUGAAUGCAGUGGGACAGCCAGUGUUCCUUUCAAGAUUCAAAAUUCUAAAGAUUGUGAUAAUUUUGAUGGUAAGGAAAGUUACCAGUCUAAGCUAGUUGGAGGAAAUAGAAAUGAAAGCCAUGAUCCAUCUGAAGAACCAGUUGAAGUACAAAAUUGCAAAACCACUGGGGAUUCUGAGCCCUGUAAUGAGAGUGUUGAAGUGACAGUUGUCCAAAAUCUGGAUGCCUUGCUAGAUGAAGAUGGUGAUUUGGACCUAAUAAGAAGACCUCUUGAUGUGUCUGACACAGACCAGCUUGAAUUCUAUCGGCUGAUGGUGCAUCCUGUCAUUCUGAGUAAGGGAGAGGAGGGUACCAGGGAGGUUGAAGAUCAAUAUGACAGCUAUCCUGAUGUUAUUCGCAUUGAACACACAAUGGCCACACCACUUGAAGAUGUUGGCAAACAGGUGUGGCGAGCUGCUCUUCUGCUUGCUGACUACAUUCUUCAUAAUCAUUUCAUCUUUAAAAACUGCACAGCGCUAGAAUUGGGAGCAGGUACAGGAAUCACCAGUAUUGCUAUGGCAACAACUGCCAAAACCAUCUAUUGCACAGAUGUUGGUGAUGAUCUCUUGAAUAUGUGUGAAAAAAAUGUAACCCUCAACAGGCAUUUGGCUGAGCAAAUGGGUGAAAUUCAAGUGAAAGAGCUGGACUGGUUACAGUCUGACUUCUGCCUUGAUCCAGAGUUUCCAUAUAGCUGGUCAGAAGACGAGAUCGCCAGCUUGCACGAUGAUACCACUGUACUUCUAGCUGCAGAUGUGUGUUAUGACAGCAGCUUGACAGAUGCUUUGUUCAGGACUAUCUACAAAAUAAUGAGCAACUUGAAAAAUCCAAGUACUCUGUACAUUUCUAUUGAGAAGAGAUUUAACUUUACCCUAAGACAUAUGGAUAUAACCUGUGAAGCAUACGAUCAUUUCCGAUCUUGUCUGAAUGAUCUUGAACACAUCACAGAUGGUAAAACAAAAUUUACUGUGGAGUCUGUUCCCAUCACCUUUCCACAGCACCUUGAUUAUGAACGCUUUGAGCAUCUGGAGCUUUGGAAAGUUACUGCAUCACCAGUGAGCACAUGAUAGAAGACACUCAUACGAGAAUGCACAGCUAACAGCAAGUUGCCCAAGAGGAUUGUCUUGUUUUCCAUUUUCUGUUUUAACUUUGUAGCUCCUGUCAUGUGCCUUUCAAAUGACUUGUUGACCAGUCAUCUUUUUUGGAUGCUUGUACGAGUGCAUUGAGAAAGUUCUAGUAAGGUGUUGAGUGAAAAACUACACUAACUGGAUAUAUAUAAGAAAUAUGAGCUAAAGAGUAACAAGAAAUUAUUUUAUAAGUAUCUUGAUUUUUUAAUUUAAAAUGCAUCACUAAAAAGACUGCUAUAGAUUUUAAUUUUCAAAGAUGUCAAGCAAAAUGUUGCACAUUUAUUUCAUUAUUUUGACUCUCCAGUCAUGGAUAUUAUCAAGAUCAAUUUUAAGUUCUUAAGUAACAGAAAUUUGCAUUUCGGAAGAGUUAUUUAUGCAUGGUGUGCAUUUGUUUGAUUUUUUUGUUUGUUUAUAGUUCAUAAGCUGUUCAAUUUGUUUUUAUAAGUGUUCUUAACUGAGCCAUGUAGUUUAGUUUUGUGAGUCAGCAGAUACCUAUAUACAGAGGGGAGCAACUGUUUCCUUAACAGAAGCAGUGCACAUUAAAUCAUGUCAUUUCAGAAGGUAAAGCUUAUAGGUUUCCCUUGGUGCAGCAUUCUUCAUUUAUCAAUUAGGGAUGUAGUUAGGGAUGAACCAGUUGCAUAUCUUUUGCUAUAGUUAAUAAAACCUGGUGUGGGUACAGUGUUUUAUGGGGAAGUAAGUAUGACAUUGGAUGGAUGGAUGUAUGGAUAGAUGGAUGGAUGGAUGGAUGGAUGUGGAGAUGCACAAGUUAGAAAAAUGUGUGUGCAUUACUCACAUUUAUUUUGAGUUGGUAAAACAAAGUUUCUUUGACCUAAUGUAUGCCCAGUUUGGUAACUUGCAAUGAUUUUAAAGCUAAAAUGUGAAAAAGGCUGCUGUAAAUGCAUUUAUAUUUUAUUUAAAUGAAGAAACAAAUGGACUGCAAAAUUAAAUAACAUUUAUCUUAUACUUUUACAGACAGAGCUUGUUGUUUGAUAUAUUAGCUAAAAUUUCAACACUGCAGCGUUUCCCAUAAUCUUAUAUGGUAGUGAAAAAAACUGCUGUAUUUCUACUGCCAUAAUGUCUGAAUUUAUGGAUUUCCCUUAUUUAUUUUUCUGUCUCAGUGUUGUACUGUUUUUAAAUUUCCCAUUUCUGUUUCUCCAUUGUUCUUUGUGAUGUAAUAUUCUAGUUAUAGGAUGUGUAACUCGUGUCAUCUCAGUUUCUCCCUUCCUACGAGAGUACAUUCCUAACAUGUAGUGAGCACUGUACAGAGUUCAGCUAUAGCAUGUACUAUACUCCCACUCACAUCAUUGCGUUUGGAUGUAUACAUGUACUGUGAACAUUGUAUAGAGUUUAUAAUUACAGGGCAUCUGGGUGUUUUAAUCAUCUUUUAUUAAUCCUAUUUUGAAAUUCCAAAGGUGGGACACAGAACAGAAAUGUAUGCAGCUCUCUGUGAAAUUACCUCAUGUUAACUUCGUGUUUUGUUUUCUGUACAUUACUUUUGCACACCUGAGUCCUUUGCUGGAAUACUUAAUUUGUACACAGGGUGAUAACACUGUAAAAUAUGAGCCCAUUUUACAUAACUAAUCUUUUUUCACAUGAAUGAAUUAUUGUUCAGUAACAGCUUAGACAUCAUAAACUGAACAGUAACAGCUUCAUUAACAGAUUAGUACUAAGCUAACUGCCCUUGCGAGCCAUUUUAAGCCUAGCCACCUGUCCCUUGUGAGACUCAAACCCUGCACCUUGCGUUUGCAAGGCAAACACCUUAACCAUUAGGCCACCCUCCCAACCCUGUACAUGCUAUAGCUGAACUCUGUACAGUGCUCACUACAUGUUAGGAAUGUACUCUCGUAGGAAAGGAGAAACUGAGAUGACAUGAGUACAAGCUUAUUACAGCAGCACCCACAGUCUUAAUGGCUUCUGUAUAUGAUGUUAUAAUAACAGAGCUCUACACAUCAAAACAUUAUUUGAGUAUUUUGUCAUUGUAACAAUACAUGGCACAGGGAAGAGCUGAUGUAUGGAAGACAUGAAAAGAAAAAGAAAGACACAUAUGGUUGUAGAAGACAGUAAAGGUAUACAAUGUGAAGAAUCCAGAAGUAAAUUAAGGAUUUUAAGUGUGGAAGUAAACAUGCAUUUUGGGAAUUCUGUGAAUACAGUGAAAGAAGAUGUAUUAAACAAUUAAAGCCACAAAAACAUUAAAGAACUCAAGUAGCAAAAAUGUUUGUAUUCAUUUCACAUACAGCAUUAACAAUAAAAUGUAUUAAAACUGAGAUGAUAAGUAAAAUAAAAACAUUGCCAUAGCA